UCUGGGCCUCAGAUUCUCCCCUUGACCAGGGGACUCUCUCCUGCAAUCCUGCCAUGACUCCUGUUCGUCGUAAUCCGUAAUCUGUAGUCUGUCCAAGUUUCCCACCUGCUGAUUCUGUCCAUCUGUCCAUUUCGAGAUGCCCGACAAAAGGCCAUUGGAUCCACUCCAGCCGGUACUCUACAUAGAACAUUGCCGAUAUCGGCAGACAUAUAGGAAACAGGCAUUGCAUCUGUAUUCUUCGCUAGCCGAGGCUUUGAGGGCCAUCCAGCCAAGGGUUAAGCUCCAGCUAAGGAUCAAUGACAGAGGACCCCCGCAAGAUGGAUCAUUUGAGGUGGCAGUUGCUCUGCAACCAACAGAUGACAGUGCUGCCCGCCAAAGUGUAUGGACUGGACUGAGGAGAAUGCCAAGUGCAUCAAAGGUACCCCAUGUGGACGACAUAAUCACUCCGGUUUGCUUUGCCCUUAAACUCAGGGAUCCCCACAAAGAAUCACAUCGAAGGAUGCUAACAAAUUUACGGCGCAACGAAGGCAGUCGAGUUAGGAGAGGGAAAGACUUUAUAUAAAUCUUACAAAAACGUAAUUUAUGUUACGUCUUAGCAGGGUAAAUUUAAAUAAAGUUAUAACCGGGUA